UCGGUGACCUUCAAAGACGUGGCUGUGGACUUCACCCUGGAGGAGUGGGGCCAGCUGGGGCCUGGCCAGAGGGAGCUGUAUCGGGAUGUGAUGCUGGAGAAUUACCAGAACGUUCUCUCGCUGGGGCUUCCUGAGUCCAAACCCGACGUGAUCUCCCGUCUGGAGCGAGGGGAAGAGCCUAGGAUGGAGAGGAGAGAAGCCUGGCGAGUUACCUGUUCAGACACCUUCAUGAUCCUCAAGGCUACAGGUCACCUCUUCCAGGAGGCCUUCCCUGACUUCCAGGCUGAGAGACCAUUUAACUGCACGGAAUGUGGGAAAGCCUUCAUCUACCAUUCGGAUUAUGUCCUACACCAGAGAAUUCACACUGGAGAGAAGCCCUACAAGUGUAAUGAGUGCGGGAAAGCAUUCAGCAACAGUUCAUAUUUCAUCCAGCACCACAUCAUCCACACAGGAGAGAAGCCCUACGCCUGCAACGAAUGCGGUAAGACCUUUACCCAGAGCUCAUCGCUUACUGAGCAUCAGAGGAUCCACACUGGAGAGAAACCCUACAAAUGCAAGGAAUGUGGGAAAGCCUUCACCCAGAGCUCCUCCCUCAUCAAACACCAGCGAUGCCAUACUGGGGAGAAACCCUAUAAAUGCAACCAGUGUGGGAAGUUCUACUCCCAGGUGUCCCACCUCACCCGCCACCAGAAAAUACACACAGGGGAGAAGCCCUACAAAUGCAGUGAGUGUGGCAAGGCUUUCUGUCACACCUCCUCCCUGACUCAGCACCAGACAAUCCACACUGGUGAGAAACCCUACAAGUGUAACGAGUGUGGGAAAACCUUCAGCCACAGCUCGUCACUGACCCAGCACCAGCGAGUCCACACUGGAGAGAAACCUUACGAGUGCCCCGAGUGUGGCAAAGCCUUCAGCCACAGUUCGUCCCUGACUCAGCAUCAGAGAAUUCAUACUGGUGAGAAGCCCUAUGAGUGUCAUGAGUGCGGGAAGGCUUACACGCAGAUCUCCCACCUCAUGAGGCACCAGAGUACGAUCCACACUGGUGAGAAACCCUACAAGUGUAAUGAAUGCGGGAAAACCUUCAGCCAGAACUCCUCGCUUAUGCGCCACCAGAGAAUUCACACCGGGGAGAAGCCCUAUGAGUGUACAGUUUGCGGGAGAGCCUACACCCAGAUUUCCCACCUCAUCCAACACCAGAGGACUCACACUGGAGAGAAACCUUAUGAGUGCAGUGAGUGUGGCAAAGCCUUCAGCCGGAGCGCCCAUCUCAUCGAGCAUCAGAAGGUCCACACGGGCGAGAAACCCUAUAAGUGUAAGGAGUGUGGGAAAACAUUCAGUCACAACUCAUCCCUAACUCAACAUCAGAGGAUUCACAGCGGCGAGAAACCCUACACCUGUAAGGAAUGCGGGAAAGCCUUCAAUCAAAGUAUCCACCUCAUUCAACAUCAGAGGAUUCAUACCGGGGAGAGGCCAUACAAAUGUAAGAACUGUGGGAAAACCUAUGCCCAGAUUUCACACCUCAUUCAACACCAGAAAGUUCAUAUGGGUGGCAAGCACUAUGCAUGUAAAGAAUGCGGAGAGGAUUUCAGCUGGGGUUCACACCUGGCCGAACAUCAGAGACUUCACACUGUGCAUGAUGGCUAUGUCCGCGGUAAUUUUGAGAAAGCCUUUGCUUGGAACAUGCAGCUUAGUGAUCCUCAGAGAACUCAUGCUGACUGGAGAGCCUGA